AUGUAUCGCCGGCGGGACAGGCGGAAGUUAUCUAACUCGUCCCGGACGCUUCUCGUCGCGUCCAGCUUUAAUUCUGAAGAAGAAAGGUGCAAAGAAGAGAUAAAGUGCAAACGCCAGCCUUCUGAAAUCCGAAGCAUCGAAGAGGAAACUCGAAUGGAGCUGGGUCUCCAUCUCCGGCGGCAUAAUGCUGCAAUUCUCCAACCGAGGGCAAGAAGGGACAAGGAUAACCACUAUUAUCCUGUGUACUGUUCGUGUUUUUGCUCUUCCUCUAGUCAUCUCAUCGCCGUCGCGUACAAGCCUCUUCUCCGGCGCCGGUUUCCCUUCCGUGGUCACACGCGAUUUCAUCUUAAGGCAGCUUCUAUCAGUGUUAGUGUUCAUAAAACUACUGGUACUAGCCGUAAUAGCACUAGACCUAGGAAUUGGAACAGGAACAGGAAGUCCGGGGUGGACGAGAAACGACUCUUGUACAAUUAUAGUCACGGAGACGAAGCAGAGGACUACGAGGAAGAUGAAGGUGAUGAAGAGGAGGAGGAUUAUGCCGAAGCGAGCUCCUCAUCAUUUUCGACAUUGCUGUCGUUGAGUGAGAAGCCGGACAGGAACAUGGCCUUGCUCGACGAUUACGAGAUGGAGGAGGAGGAGCAGCACCUCCAUUCCCUCUCCGAAUCUAACCUUCAUCAUCGUAGCGGAUAUGUUGCUGUACUUGGCAAGCCAAAUGUGGGAAAGAGUACUCUAUCCAACCAGAUGAUAGGGCAAAAACUGUCAAUUGUUACUGAUAAACCUCAAACUACAAGACAUCGAAUUCUUGGUAUAUGUUCUGGUCCAGAGUAUCAGAUGAUACUGUAUGAUACACCUGGUGUAAUUGAGAAGAAAAUGCACAAGUUGGACUCAAUGAUGAUGAAGAAUGUCCGAAGUGCUGCCAUCAAUGCAGACUGUGUGCUGGUUGUCGUUGAUGCAUGUAAAGCACCUCAGAAGAUAGAUGAUAUCUUGCAAGAGGAUGUUGGAGUUCUCAAAGAAAAACUUCCUACUUUACUGGUCUUAAAUAAGAAGGAUCUGAUCAAACCUGGUGAAAUUGCAAAGAAGCUUGAGUGGUAUGAGAAAUUCACUGAUGUUGAUGAAGUCAUACCUGUGAGUGCCAAAUAUGGUCAUGGAGUGGAUGAUGUAAAGGAUUGGAUACUAUCAAAGCUUCCGGUUGGGCCCGCAUAUUAUCCAAAGGAUAUUGCUAGUGAGCACCCAGAAAGAUUUUUUGUUGCUGAAAUUGUCAGGGAAAAGAUCUUUAUUCAAUACCGCAAUGAAGUUCCUUAUGCAUCCCAGGUUAAUGUAAGAAGCUACAAGACUAGACCAAAUGCAAAAGAUUUUAUUCAAGUUGAGAUUAUUGUAGAGAAAAACUCACAAAAGAUCAUCCUUAUAGGAAAGGAAGGGAGAGCACUUAAACUACUAGCAACUGCUGCUCGGCUUGAUAUAGAAGAUUUUUUGCAGAAGAAAGUUUUUCUGGAGAUUGAAGUGAAAGUAAAAGAGAACUGGCGGCAAGACGAGGGGCUUCUGAAGUACUAUGGCUACGGGGGCCAAAUUCAGGCUUUAUAGUGUAAACUUGAAUGCAAGUUUGUUAGCCUAUGCAAAGUUAUGUUGUAGUCAGGUAUUGUACCUAACAUGAGUUCUAUUCUCAUUCUCAAUGUGAACUGGGAACUUUUAACUGUUGUUUGCAUUUCUUCCCCUGUUGUACCUUCUGCUUUUCCUUUCUUUUAGGGGAUUAAUCAGUUUUUGGAUAUUGACC